AUGGAUUCAGAGCGACGGUUCCCCGACGAUGCGGUGCCAGCACAGACGCCCCUGCAGUCACGAUUGCUCUCGCUGGCAGCACACGGCCUGCGGGUUCGGCUGGGCCUGCGUGGACUCGGGAGGAGGGCGCUGGGCAUUGUGCUUUUGCUCGUGACUGUUUUCCUAUGGACUAUCUCCAAUUUUCUUUCUAGUCUCAUCUUCUCCGACCAAACCUACGAUAAGCCCUUUUUUCUCGUCUACAUCAACACAGCUGUGUUUGCGGUCAGUUUAGUGCCUCGUUUCAUCCGGUACAUGUCGCGGGGAGGGGUCCAUGGCCUACGGUGUGACGUGCGGCAGCUGUGGUGCGACUGGAGGCAGGGUACACUGGGCGGCGCGACCAGCAGCAACAGGACAUGCCAUCGCAUGGACGAGCAUGACACCGAGUCGGCCGAAGCCUUGCUCGUGCAUGGCAACGGACUUCUGGGACCACCGGCGUCAGAUGAAGCAGCCGUGGCUGGGGAGCAGAACGAGGACAAGCUUAGCUUUGGCGAGACGGCGAAGCUGAGCCUCGAGUUCUGCAUGCUGUGGUCUCUAGCGAAUUAUUUUGCGUCGGCGUGCCUCGAGUACACGAGCGUUGCAAGUGUGACGAUCUUGACGUCGACGAGCAGCGUGUCGACGCUGGUAUUCUGUGCCAUCCUCGGCGUCGAGCCCUUCUCUAUGCGUCGUCUCGUGGGCGUUGUGGCGUCCCUGGCGGGCAUCGUGCUCGUGUCCACCGUCGACCUAACGGGCAACAGCGAUGACCAGAGGGGCACGUUCCCCGAAAAAACUACGCUCCAGGUGGCCCUUGGAGAUGCCAUGGCCCUCUUCAGUGCCCUCAUAUACGGCCUGUACGUGACCGUCAUGAAGCUGCGCGUGGGGAACGAGGACAGCGUCGAUAUGCAGCUCUUCUUUGGGCUCGUAGGCUUCUUCAACCUAGUGCUUCUGUGGCCCUUGUUCUUCAUCCUAGACUGGACGGGCAUUGAAACGGUCAGUACCUUGUCCCACUGGACGCGAGAAUGGGAAGAAGUAGCCAGCUCCGUCUCUUCAUUCGUGAGCGACUAUGCUUGGGCGUAUUCUAUGCUGCUCACCACGCCUCUGGUCGUGACGGUCGGCUUGUCCCUGACUAUCCCACUUUCUCUCGUCGGCGAGAUGAUUCAGUAUAACCAGUACUCGAGCUUCGUCUACUGGGUUGGAGCGGCUAUUGUGCUUGUGUCGUUUGUCUUUGUCAGCAACGAAAGCCACGAGAAGAAGCAUCACGAGUCCUCUGGAAUACUAGACACGACGGAACGACAGAGGUUGCAAAGUUAA